CCGGUCCAGUUGGUGGCGUCAAAUCUUAAAGUAUAGCUUACAGUCCGCGAGUAACAACAAACAUUUGUUAACAGGAAUUGUAUACACGACGUGCUGCUUUCAUUAUUGAUCUCUAACAGGUUUUGUUGCGAGAUAAAGUCCUUUUUUUUAAUGCAGUUUUGCAAGAGGUGAAUAUUGCCGAGCACAACGAUGUGCGAAAAGCUGAAAGCUAGCAACUAAAACUAAAGGCCGAGUUUAGAGUUUGUGAGUCAGGCGUGCAGGUGGCAAACCUUGGCGCCUACACAGGACCUUCAAGUCAGUCAAGCCCUGAUUAAUGUCAGAUCACUGUUACUCCUGUGACCCAAUGAACUCUGGGGAAAGCCUUGCACAAAGAGGACUACACCAAGUAUUACAGCAAUGAAAGGUGCCCCUCGGAAAACAAGAAAAAGAAAAUCUAAAGAGAAAUCGCCAGAGAAACACACCUCUGACGCGGUUUCAUCUCCAGGCACAGGUGAAUCGAAUGCUGUGCCAGGCAGCGACUUUGGCAUUGUCUGUCCAGUAGAGGCUAAUACACCAAAAAGUGGAAGAGAAAAAAUGAGACUUGCACAAGAAGUCUGCUUGACCUCCACACCAGUCCACAGCUCUUCCUUUGAAUUCCUGUCACCCAUUUCAAAUUCCCCACCUGAAGCAAAACAAGGGGAACUUCAAUACACUGAGUUCAUCACACAGAUAAAGACCACAGCAGUAGAUUCACCGUGCUCCGAGGCAAAAUCUCAAAGAAAACGUAAGAGACAAGUUAAACAAAGGGCAAGAAAGACGGAAACAGAGACCUACGGGAAAACCGACGAACCUACGGUCAAGUGCCGGCGUGGCAGGGGGCGGAAAAGACAGACUGGGAAUUUAAAUAAAGAUCAGUCUUCCUCACGAUCUAGGCCAAGAUUUGAACUGCAAAAGACUGAUGCAGAAAGUCAAGAUGACUCUUUGAUGUCUUCAGACCUGUCAAUAGAACUGAGUCACCAUGAGGAACAGCUCCCUACUUUGUCCUCUCAGGAAGAUAAGAUAAGUGAUGAGGAGGAGGAGGAGGAAGAGCUUCCAAGUUUCCUGAUGCAGACAGGCAAAAAACCCCCGUCUAUCACAGAAGGAGCGUUUGUGUGGCACAAAUAUAGAAACUAUCCAUACUGGCCUGCAUUGGUAAAAAGUGUAAACCGUAAGCAGAAAAAAGCCAGUAUCAUGUUCAUUGAUGACUUAAUCAUUGAGAAAAAGAGGGGGUUUGCUGUGGCUCUGAAAUGCUUGAAGCCUUUCGAAUGUGAAGAAGCUGAUGAACUGGUGCGGAAAGCCAAAGAAACAUAUGAUGCUGCAAUAUCGUGGGCCCUGAAUCUGAUAACGGACUACAGUUUCCGGAUUGCAUGCAGCUCAUUUUCUGGCUCCUUCAUCCAGUACUUUAAUCAUGACAUGAGCUACCCAGUAAGGCGGGAGUAUCCAAAGGCAGCUUCAGAGAGACUAACCAUCAUCAGUGAUUUGGCAAUGGAGGAGCCGUGUGAUGUUAAAGAGGACAGCUUUAGUGAACAGCAGAAAGAUGUCAGGAGUUCGAAGAGGCUGCUUCCAGACCGGACGGGUGCUGCGCAUAACCGCGCAAAUGAGAAGCUCGUACAUUUCAUUGUCAAGCAACACAUGGUGGACGCGCAUCUUCUGGCUGUAAUCCAUGGGCAAGAGCAGUCCAGGUGGCUUCGCUACUUCUUAAGUGACAAUCGUAGACAGGUGGUGAACACAUACCUGGAAGAUGACCAACAACUCGACCAAGUCUACUUCUACCUAAAUGAGCUCUAUACAUCAGCUGUAGCCAACGACCCCUGUGUAGCUGUUGUGAAAUCCAUGGAUCGCGUUCCUUUUGUUCUGGAUGUUCUUCUUCCUGAGGCCAUUAUUUAUGCCAUUGCUGGGGUGGACAAUGUUUCAGUAAAAUCAGCAGAGGAAAAAUACCUCAGAGGACGGUGUUUAAGUAACAGGGAGAGACAGCAGUUUGAUUUGAAGAUUGAGCAGCAAAUGAGGAAAAAAUCACAUCCACACGCUUCCGUUAUUUUCUGACUGUCAAAACUUGUGAAAUUAUUUUGAGUGUUUGAGUGCUAAUGCAGCCAUAACCUGUGUGCCUUGCAAUCAGUGAUAAAUUACUAUUGCACUGAUAAAACCUUGUUUUUUUUUUUUUUUCUUUUGUAUAAAAACUGGAUAUCAAGCAUGAUAAAAAAAAAUGAAUUAAGGCUUUGAAAUGUAAUCACAAAAAGCAACCUAAUCACCUUUAUUUCUGAACUGAAAAUGUACACACAGCCAAAUAGCAUCUCAAGCAGCUCGAGCAUUAAUGACCUGCAUGUGCUUUUGUGAGAGUUUUUCAUAAAAUAAAAGUUUUUAUAAAACUACUUGUUGAGCUGUAAAAGCAAUCGCACACAUCUACACGGAGCAAUUCGCAGGGACCGGAGACUAUAGAAAGUCAGUGACAGGCAAAAUAAGUGCUGCCAAUGCAAAGAAAGUGUGAUAAACUUUUUCUGAACUUCAAGUUGAGAAACUGAAAUGACUACUGAUGACAGCAAUAGAGACCCCUGCAGCAAUUUCCUAAUGCUGUGAACCUGUUCACCCAUAUGGCAAUAAAAACCU